UUGCAAAUUCAAUGAACUUUUAUUGCCGAAAGUUCUUUAGUUGGUGUAAAACUGUCCCUUUUCAUCCAUGAAAUGCUCGUGAAUAUAUGUAAAAAGUGUUGAACAUGUGCUAUUUUUAAAGCCACGUUAAUCUUAAUGGCUUUGCUUCUCUAUAUGUCUCUACAUAUAUAGUUCUUGUCCCAUAAACAUAUAAGGAUCGUAUAUAGGGCUGCAGAAUGUGGGCGGCGAAAUAUGUUUUAUGCGCGCUAACAUGCGUUGCAUUUGCUUCAGCUUCUCCGAGUUCUGAGCGUAAGAGGAAAAAUGUCAUGAGUAUUCCCGAGGAGCCGAAAGUGCCUCUGUCCUUGGCACCUACUUUAGACAUGAGCUGCUCCGAGGCCAGGAUCCUUCCACCGGAGAUUAAUCAUGGCAAGGCGACCCUAUAUGAUCGACGUCGAAGGGGCAAAAAGGUUUUCCUAGUUGCCUUUUACACCUGCGAUGAGAGCUACGAGUUCGAAAACGAUAAUACCGAAAUGUUUUGCUCGAACCAGAAGUGGGUGGGUGAAAUACCGACCUGUAUUCCCCAGCCGGAUUAUAUAGAACCCGAGGAGGUGGAUGACGAUGAUUUGGAAGAGUAUGAGACGGUCCCCAAUGAGAGUUUCGAUGAUAUGGUGAUUGAGGUUGACAAUAAUGAAAGUGAACCACCACCGCCUCCACCGCCACCGGUAAAGGAAGAUGACUUGUCUCUAAAAGAAGCCGAUUCCAAACCGGAACCAGAAAUUGUUAUUAAUAUUAAUGAAGAUAAAGUGGAACUUCCUCAAGAAUCGGAUGUUUUAACUAUUCAGGACCUAACUCCCCUGAAAUCAAAUAACGAAACUUUCAUAGAAAUCGAUCCCGAUACCAAGGUUUCAGAAGUGCCAAACGAAGUAUUAUCCUCUAGUAAUGCUUCUGUUAGGCCCGCUAAAGAUCGCUAUGAGCCAACCUUGGUGGAUACCAAUUGUGGAGAAGAUAAUGGCGGGUGUGCCCAAAUAUGCAAGCGUUUGCUCUAUCCAGAUGAGAACCAACCAAUAAAGCAAUGUGAUUGUCGAGAGGGUUACACCCUGGAUCCAAACGACUAUGUCAACUGUAUUGAUAUCGACGAAUGUCAGGAGUCGAAUGGCGGGUGUUCGGGAAUUUGCGAAAACAUGCCCGGAGAAUAUAAAUGCAGCUGUCAAGAUGGUUAUUACAUAGAUGCUUCUGGAAAAACUUGUGUGGACAUCGAUGAAUGCGCCAAUCCUGAGCUGUCGUCUGACUGCCAAGGUGAUUGCGAGAACCUUCCCGGCUCUUAUCGCUGUGUGGUGUCACUGGUGGAAAAAGAGGAAAGACUCAACUCCACUGAAGUGGUGGAGAGCCCAGUCGAAGAGGGCAGCGAUAAUCCGUUGGUAGUUGCCGUAAAUCCCCCUCUUAAAAAAGUAUGUAAUCGUGGUUUUCAACUUUCCAUCGAUGGUAUCAAAUGUGAGGAUAUCAAUGAGUGUGAGAUGACGGGUCCCGAGGACCAAGGAGUCUGUCAGCAAUAUUGCGAGAACACCAUCGGAUCCUUCCGCUGCUCCUGCGGUGAGGGAUAUCAUCUGCUCGAAGAUCAGCGGGGUUGUGCCUUGGAUAGCUGUGCCGAUUUGGAGAAUCCCGAGUUAAACCGUACUCGAUGUGCCCACGAGUGCGAGGAUCUGCCUGAAGGAAAUUAUCGAUGCAAGUGCCCCAAGGGCUAUCAGCUCUCUGAAGAUUUGCACUCCUGCUUGGUGCAGGAAUCCCCCUGCUCCAAGGACAACAGAGUCGAGAAGUGCUUGCCGGGAAGCUGUUUGGCCAGCGAGGAUAACAACAGCUUCAGUUGCAUCUGUCCCAUUGGCUACCGGAAUGAGGAGUUCGGCUGCCAGGACAUCGACGAGUGUGCCGAGGAUACGCACCUGUGCAGUCACAGCUGCCAGAACACUCCGGGUGGCUACCAGUGCCUGUGCCCCGAGGGUCUCAACCUGGUCGAGGAGUACACCUGUCUGGCCGAGAAUCUGUGCGAGGUGAACAACAAUGGCUGUGAGCAGAUCUGCCUGAGUGGCCGAGGAGGAGCUUGCUCCUGCCGCGAGGGAUUCGAACUGAGUUCCGAUGGCAAGAGCUGCGAGGAUGUGGACGAGUGCCUGGUGGACAACGGAGGCUGCCAGCAGGUGUGCCGCAAUCUUCCAGGUUCGUAUGUGUGCAUCUGUGCCGCGGGCUAUGAGCUUCUCAAGCUGGACGGCUUCCGUGGCUAUUGCUUUGACAUAGACGAGUGUUCGCGGGGAACUCAUGGGUGCAGCGAUCAAAAGCUUUGCGAGAACCUCAAUGGUUCGUACACCUGCCUCUGCCCAACUGGCUAUGCCCUGGGCUUGGAUAACCACAUCGCCACAUCACCUAACACCUCAUUCUCCCAUGAUUCCACCUUAUUCAAAUCUCCAUCUUCACCCUCAUGCUUGGACAUCGACGAGUGCUCCUUGGCCAAUGGGAACUGCUCCCACUUUUGCCAAAAUGAGCCGGGUGGCUACCAGUGCCUCUGUCCCUUGGGGCAUGCUCUCUCGGACGACAUGCGCACCUGCCAGGACAUCGAUGAGUGUCUCGAUGGCAAUGGCCGGUGCUCACAGCUCUGCGUGAAUCAACCGGGGGGCUUUGCCUGCGCUUGCGAUGCGGGUUACGAGCUAACCCCCGAUGGUUUCGGUUGCUCCGACAUUGAUGAGUGCUCGCAGGACUAUGGGAACUGUAGCGACAUCUGCAUCAAUCUUCUAGGUUCGCACACCUGUGCCUGCGAAAGGGGCUACGAGCUGGGCAAGGACAAGAGGUCCUGCCAUGAUGUGGACGAGUGCGCAGGACUCCUCUCCGGCGGCUGCACCCACGAGUGCAUCAACAAGGCCGGCACCUUCGAGUGCGCCUGUCCCCUGGGCCAAACCCUCAACGAGGACGGUCGCAGUUGUCGUCCCGUUGUGGUGAGCUGUCCCCCGGGCACUAAACGCUCCUCCGAGGGCUGUGUUCCUAUCAAAUGUGAAGCUGGUUUCACCCUGGGAUUGGACGACGAGUGCGAGGACAUCGACGAGUGCCAGGAGAAGAACGGAGGAUGCUCGCAUCGCUGCUUGAACAGUGAGGGUUCCUUCAAGUGCAGCUGUCCACCGGGCUAUGAAUUGGAUGGUGAUCAAAAGACUUGCGAGGACAUUGAUGAGUGUGCUCCGGGUAAAAAUAGUUGUAUCACCGGAAAGUGCAUAAAUGAGAUGGGAGGCUUCCGUUGCGAGUUUCCCGAGUACCCAACAUUGCCGGAUAUUCCAUCAGUCUCCGAGGUGCCUGAAGAGCCCAAGACGGAAUCAGAGAAACCCAAGUACCCCGACUUCAACGAGUUGUCUAAGAACAUACCUGAAAGCCCCAAAUAUCCUGUUGUGCCGGAGAACAAAUUCCCAGACUUUCCUGAGUGGUCAAGACCAGAGCUUCCAAGGAUCCCUCCCCUUGAUGAUUUACCCACACCAAGAACACCUGUUUCUAAGCUGCCUGAGUUGCCCAAGCGUCCUAGGGUGAAUCAGUUCCAGCCCAGGGAUCUUUGCCCUCGAUUCCAGGCACCACCCAAUAGCAGGUCCCGCUGUAACAGGUUUCGCCAUAAGACGAAGAACUUCUACUUUAGUCGCUGCCGGGUUACCUGCAAUCCGGGAUAUGUCCGUCGCGGUCCGGAAAUCAAGAACUGUGGCGCCAAUGGCAUUUGGGAGGGUCCAGAGACCACUUGCGUAUCUCUCAAUGGGCCUGGAAUCUGUCAUGCCCUUAAACCCGCACGUAAUGGAUUUAUAUCUCCGGCUAGCUGCACUGAAGGUCCAUCGAAGUUCGGAGAUCUUUGCCAACUUACUUGCAAUCCCGGCUUCGUUUCUAGCGGCUCCAUGCUGGCCAGCUGCAUGAUGUUCAACGGAUGGUCCUUCGGAACCGAUCUCAAUUGCGUGCCAAUCGAUAACACUUUGUUUGCCAAUCCAAUAAUUUCGCCACAGUGGAAAUCUCCGCUACAAGUGACACCCCCUCCAACCCAGGAAGUUCAACUGGAGGAACCCUAUGUCAAGUGUCCAGAGAACGUAGUGAUUCUACUCCAUCCUGGUGAGCAGAAGGCUCAUGUAACACUCCAGAGACCGAAAACCAAUAUUAAAGACGGUCGUUUGGUAGUCUAUCCCGACUGGGCGGCUGGGCUUCAAGGUCAUUUGCCAGCUGGGCUUCAUAAGGUCGACUUUGCUGUCGUCUAUGGGGAGGAUCAGCGCACAGUUAAAUGUCACACUUUAAUCACUAUUAAGCCUGCAGGUGCAAAUUCUUUGAGCUUUUCUUCGGAACCAGCUGGAUAUCGAAGAUCUUCAUUUCCUAGACCACCUCCAUUUGUCAGCCUAUCCUCAACCAGUUCUUCUUCAUUUCCCUUAGAUUCAGCUCCCAACUCAGUUUCCUUUCCCACAUUUUCAACCCACAGUUCAAUUCGACAGUCACCAUUUUCAAGUAGUAGUUCCUCCUUAUCAGAACCCAUUCCUCGGGAGUCGGCUCUUGAGACAACGCCUUUCAGCUCCUUUUCCAGCCACAGUUCGCUUCAACAGCCCAAUCUUCCGAGUUUUAGUUCCGCUGACACUGAGUCUUUCUCCAGACUAGAGCCCCUAUCCCAAAGAUCAGCUAAUUUGGUUAACCCUGCUCCCAGUGCUCGUGGCGAAAGUACACGGGUAGAUUUGGGUUCGGAUACCACAAACUUUUGUCCACCUUCCAUUGAAGUCUAUCUGAAGGAGAACCAGAACUUGCGAUCGGUGGCCUGGGAUGAGCCGCGAUUUGCGGGAAAACUGCUCAAGAUCUACAAGUCACAUUUCCCUGGUUCCUUGUUUAAGAUGGGAGAUCACACAAUCAAUUACGAAGCCACCACCACCGAUGGAAGAACUCUAAGAUGCACUUUUAUCAUCUAUGUUAGGGCUCCAAAGCCCACUCCUGCUCCCAUCAUGCCAGAGUUCAACUUUGACUCCGAACCCGCUAGUCUCAUCCAGGGGUUCGGAACUUAUGUAAUCUGUCCGGGUAAAGAGCCAGUCCGGGUCACUGCCGAUAAAUCCGUCGAUCUGCCUGUAGGCUGCACUCUGAAGAACAUUCGCCCGCAAUCGCGUCCAAAGAAACCACUGAAACUAGCCAAGCUUACUUCUCUGUGGCAUCGUUAUCCUAAUUUCUGAUGUCUGUAACUAUUGUGUAAGCUAUAUACAUACAUGCAACAACUACUUACUAUGUGCUUUGUACUUAUUGAUGCGCAAUUCACACAAAUAUUUUUGUACGACUUUUGUAUGCUUAAUUUAAAUAAAUACUUUUAACAUAUAAC